AAACAGAUUAGAACAGAGAACUCGCUUCCACAAAGACUACAGAGCAAAGGUAAAGGAGUAGGAGGGUGGAAAAGGGAAAGAGCUAUAACUACUUACUCUUCACUGAGACAAGACACCUGUGAAACAGGGCAUCAAGCCUUUAAACAACCAACAGCAGGUAUCCACACCCAAGAUCAGAGAGAGAAAGAGAGAGAGAGAGAGAGAGACACACACAGAGAGACAGAGAGAGAAGGAGGAGGGCAUACAGGUGAAAAGGGCGUGCAAAGAGGUAUCCUGUUGCAUCGGUGGAGGUUUCACGUCGGGGGCUGGGCCAGUGAAAAUAAAUCUGAGCAAACACAGGCAGUUCCAAGCAAAGUGUUUAAGCUUCCGCAAAUAAUGCUUCCAAAUGCCUUUGCGUAUCAGAUAUCCUCAGUUGUGAAGACAAAGAAACAAAGGCAAGUGGUACACAGCAAGUGAAGACGACGAGUAAGAGAGCAAAGCUGGAAGAGAGGGAGGAAGAGUACAUACAUAAAAAAGAAAGGAAGUACAGAGGGGUGGAGAGUCGUACCUGAAAGGUCUCCAGUUUAGACCCUGCCUGAGGUCUUCUUUCUACUGGCAGAGUGCUGCCUCUCAUCGCAGCUACAGAACCAUGACGACUGAUACCCCGGUUGCUGAAGAGAGCCAAACACCUUUAAACCCAAAACCUCGAGUUGUGGUCAGGCCUGGCAGGCACAGAAAGCCCAUGUCUGCCACAACACCACAGAGGAAUACACGGGCAACAUGGAAAAAGGUGAUCACUGUCCUCUGUGUAGUGGUCAUUCUGGCCUUCCUGGCUGUGGCUGCAUACUUCAUUCAACAACUUAUUCAGAGUAAGUACUUUUUCUGCUCCAAGUCAGUGAAGUUCAUUCCACUGCAACAAGCCUGCGAUGGCAAACAGGACUGCACAGACGGAGAAGAUGAGUCUACAUGUGUAACUCACUUCAUGGACAACUCUUCUUUUCCUAUACGAUUGUUCUCCAAUCUCUCGGUACUUCAGAUAUACAGUGCCAGCGAAAACAAGUGGGGAAGUGUAUGUGCAGAGGGCUGGACCCAGCAACAUACUCAGGCAGCAUGUCAGCAGCUAGGAUACACAGUCAAUCCUUCCUACACUACAGUCCAAUUGGAUGAUGUGUCAUCUGAGCUGAAGAUGGUUUUCUAUGCUGUGGGACCAUACAGCAUGCAGUCAAUUCAAUCCCAGAUCUCAAACAAGAAGACGUGCAGCUCAGGUUCAGUAGUCACCCUGUCCUGCUCAGACUGUGGUCCGGAGGCCCCCGAGAGUCGCAUAGUGGGAGGGCAGAGUGCACUUAUUGAGAACUGGCCAUGGCAGGUCAGCCUUCAGCAGAAUGGGCAGCACACAUGUGGAGGCAGCCUGGUAUCUCCAAACUGGGUCGUCACAGCAGCCCACUGCUUCAACAGUAUGGGUGAGGUGAGCAGAUGGCGGGUGAUGGCAGGCAAGACAUACUUCAGCAGCCUGGGAGGUUCCAGUGUGGACAAAAUUAUUGUGAAUAAGAACUACAAUGCACCACGCAAUGACUACGACAUUGCCAUGAUGAAACUCAGCAAACCACUUACUAUUGGAGGCUCAGUGAAGCCAGUUUGUCUGCCACCUCAUAACCUUGGCCUUACAGGAGGAGCUCCUCUGGUAGUGACUGGUUGGGGCAAUCUGCAGGAGGAUGGCAAGCUGUCGUCAGAUCUACAAAAAGCCAAUAUACCUCUCAUAAGCCAGGCUCAGUGUGCUAGUCCUGUAGUUUAUGGUAAUAGCAUCACUUCCAGAAUGCUUUGUGCUGGCUACCUGAAUGGCAAAGUGGAUGCAUGCCAGGGGGACAGUGGUGGUCCUUUGGUAUAUUUUGGUAGGCAGUGGAUGCUGGUUGGGGUAGUGAGCUGGGGUGUAGGCUGUGCCAGACAGGGCCGGCCCGGAGUUUACACUAACGUGGAUCAGAUGCUGAACUGGGUAUACUCAGUCAUGGAGCAGACAUCUUGAGCCAAAGUAGCAGAAAUGCAUUCUUCAAGAGGACAUUGAGUGAGUCACAGGACAAGCUUGCACAUACAUCAUAAAUGCCCUGGAUUGUGUGCAGUCUGGUUUCCAGUAUUCAGGACUGUUCUCAGUUCAUAAUAAGGACACAACGAUCUACCUGAAUGGUUAUACAUGUGACUCAAUGUAUUAUUCAUAACUGAAUUUGUCCAUGGUAAGUGUUGCAUUUAAUUAUGUAUCUCAGGGAUCCAUUUAAGUAAAUAGACUGCCUUGGCCUUUUUUAAUCUGAAGAAGUGUACGAUUGGAGUCUUUAGUGCCAUUUUAUGUUCUGCUUUACAGGUGUCACACUGGGUUUCUUUCAAGCCAGAGCGCUGUAGACGUCAUCAUCCUUCCUCAUUAAACAUACCUGAUUUAACUCAUCAGCUAAUUAGCAAAGCCUUCUUGAGUUGAAUUAAUAUUGUGAGAAGACAAAAAAUCACUAAUCUCUGCAGAGCUUUGAUCCAGAAAGAGCCCAGUUUGAUACACCUGCUAUUCAGUGGUUUUGCACAUUCAUUGUACCAAAGAAUAUGUGAGCCAUGGAUGUUCAUUGCAGCAUCUCUGGUAUUAUGUCCCUAAUUUUACUGGGGUUUUUCAUUUGCAUGUCUGUGAAUUAGAAAUGUGUAUUAUUCACUGGGAUUUGGUUAAAAAAAUGCAAUCUGUUAUUUGUGUAUUUGGAGUCAGGGGGCCUAAAUGACAUUCUGAGUGAUUAAAGGUUAUGCAAAACUCUUACUAAACUCAGUUUAUAGUCAAAAUGAUAAAAAUUGAUAUCUUGACCAACACCAAGAAAUGGAAGGGGGGCCUCAGCAAUGUGUACUGGGCAAAGCACUGUAUGUUCAUUGUAUGUUCAUUGUAUGCUUUGUCACAGAUGUAUUUUUGAAGGUUCUGUUGGGUUAACAGCUGAAAGUUGACUUACUCUUGUAAGAGUACUGAUUGUGUACUUUUUCAUUUGUGUGUGAGGAUGGUCAUAACUUUGUUACACUAAAAAAGCACAGCUGAUCACACUGUGUUAUGACUUUCCUUUAAGGUUUGUUGAAAAUCAUGAGCCGUAAACUCAGUUUGUAUGUGACAUUAGUGAUUCUGUAUUCGUUUGCUUUUUACUGUAAACCUGAGCUUUGUGAUAUAAUUUAUUGAUGUAAAUACUACACAAAUAAAUCAUAACAUUUGUGGGA